CUAAUAAUGUCUAAUUACUACGAUAAAUAUUACCAAAAUACUGAAGCUGUUAAUGAGCUUCAAGAUAAAGAACUCUUCAAGACUAUGCCAAUCAAGCUUUCAUGGCAUGACCUCUCCUACUCAGUGAGUGUUAGGAAGACUGAGAAUUCUGAUAAUGUGCAAAAUGGCAAGAAGCAGCUUCUUAAACCUCAGAAUGGUUAUGUAAACUCAGGAGAAACCUUAUUCAUCAUGGGAUCUUCUGGAGCAGGUAAAACAACCUUACUCAAUGCACUAUGCGAUCGUAUCAGCAAGGGAAAAGGAACUAAGUUUGAAGGAAAAAUCAUGAUCAAUGAUUCCUUAGAAGUUUCAUCUAGAAAUUUCAGAAAGUACGGAGCAUAUGUGAUGCAAGAUGAUGCACUAUUACCAACACUCACUUGUGAGGAGACGAUCAAGUUUGCUGCUAGGCUGAAGCUUAAUAUAAAAGGGCAAGAACUCAAGGCAAAAGUUGAAGAGAUUCUUGAGUCUCUUUCUCUUCUGAAAUGUAGAAAUACUUACAUAGGAAAUGGAGAGAAGAAAGGCCUAAGUGGAGGAGAAAGGAAAAGAGUAUCAAUAGGGGUUGAAUUAGUAGCCAAUCCUUCUCUUCUUUUUCUUGAUGAGCCUACUUCAGGGUUAGACUCUUUUACUGCUCAUAAGAUAGUUGAUCUUCUUCACAAGCAAGCUCAGAUGGGAAGAGCUGUGGUUUCUACUAUUCAUCAGCCAAGUUCCAAAACAUUCAAACUUUUUGACAGAUUGCUUCUCUUAAUGGAUGGUAACCCUAUAUUCCAAGGACCGGCUGAUGAGUCAAUGGACUAUUUUACAUUCUUUAAUUAUCAGACACCAAGAUUUAUGAACCCAGCAGAUUAUUACUUGAAGAAGUUCUAUGUUCCUUACAAAAAGAGUGAGAAGGAUAUUAAAAAUAUCAAUACUCUUGUGGAAGGCUAUCAGUCCCUAAUUGACCCAUACAUUGUCAAGAAACAGAAGGAAUUACAGCAUGAAGAAGUCACUAUGCAGAUGCUUGAAGAUAACUCUCAAAGUGCUGGGUUCUUCACUCAGUUCCAUGAGCUCAAUAAACGUGCCUUUAAGAAUUUCCUCAGAGAUAUGACAAAUUUCUACAUGAGAAUUUCACAACUCUUUGUGAUUAUUGUGUUGGUCAUCUGUACAUUCUGGGAUCUAGGAAAUGGACCGAGUAGCGUCACCAACAAAGCAGGAAUGUUCAACUUUGUCAGCGUCAAUGAGAACUUUACACCCUUUCUAUCAUGCUUGCUAGUGUUUAUGAUCGAAAAGCCAGUUUUCAUGAGAGAGCAUGCGAAUGGAACAUAUGGACUUGUCCCAUAUUUCUUUUCCAAAACAUUUGUCGAACUUCCACUAAGUUUGAUCUUCCCUAUCCUCUUCAGCAUGAUUGUUUAUUUCCCUAGUGGGCUGACUCCUGAUUUUGAGAGGUACCUUAUCUUCAUCUUGAUACUAACUCUCUCUGUGAUUACCUCAACAUCAAUUGCUUUCUUGUUUGGAAGUAUCUUCACGGAUCCUGGGGUUGCUACGAAUGUAGCGACCACCACUCUCCUGCCGAUGAUUCUUUACGCAGGUUUUGCAAUAAACAUCGGAGAUAUGCCAUCAUUUUCCAAAUGGGCUCUAUAUCAUUCUUUUCUGAGGUACUCAAACGAGGCACUUCAAAGGAACGAGUUUGAAGAUAACCCAGACUAUGAUUUCUUAGCGAAGCCUAUCUACGAUACCUAUCAUUACGGCAUAGGCAUGUGGAACUGCUUGCUUAUCUUACUGUGAUAUGCCUUAGUCCUCAGACUUGGAGCCCUGCUUUGCCUGAAACUCAGCAUCAGAAGAUUUUAUUAGGCUACACAAUUUUAGUAUAAAGAAUAUAAUUCAGUUU